GUCAGAAAACUUCGCAGAGAUAACAACAAGUGGCCCCAAAUAAGUGCGGUGUGUGUAGUGUCCUUUGUGCUGAUAAACGAAAAGAAGAAAAAUCGAAUUAAUUAGUUGGAGUGAAACAGUGAUAUCGAACAGGCAGUGAUAAAAAGAGACGGAAAAUUAACAAUGAUGACAAUUAGCGAGAGUCAGUAUUCAUCGAACAAAAUGUCCAGUAUUCACAAGAUCAACGACCGUGUCGUGCACAGGGACAGCUUCGACGACGUCAAAAGUUCUUCCAGCGUCAACAGUUCGCUCAUCACGAAACGAGGCUUUAAACCUUCAGAUAUGUUCGAUCCUAAAAAAAAAGAGUUCUUAACGAACCUCAGCUAUAAAUUGUUCCCUGUAAGUUGGAACGAUGUGGACGUUCCCAGCAGCGAAACAAUACUCCCGGAACUUAUUGCUGAAGAUUUGGAGAACAAGCCGAUUGUCGUCGGUGACAAGGAAGUCGAUUUGAACAAGAUUUUCACACCAGCUCCGGAUGCUGAGGAACACAUCAUAAAAAAAGAUCGCAAGUUUGAGAAAACCUUCGCAUCAUCAGCGUUCUAUGUACCCGGAGUUCAUCCAACAGUCAAGGAACAAAUGGAUCUUGCACGAGCGAUCUCCAAAUCCCUGUCUGACUCCAGCAAUCACAUGAGCAAGGGACAAAGCAUGUACGUUAACAGGAAGAAACGAUCCGUGAAGUGGGUGCAUGAGGGGAGAGGACGCAACACAUCCAACACAUGCGCCACAGUGUCGCCUGUUGCUAACCACGACACACCGUAUCGCCCGCCAUCGAGUCUGCGCAACCAAAAAACCUAUCCGAAAUCAGCUCUGAAACACACAUCGAACUUACCAAAAAUGGAGCCUUUCCCUGUAACACCGCCAACAAUAUCCAUACAAGACAUCGAAGUACAAGUACCGUUGGCACCUACGAAGUUAAACGACGUCUACGCAUCGCCAAAAAGCCCGCGCUUGCCGCUUGUCUUUGGUCCGAAUUACAACGUAGCGCCGAGAGGUUGGGGCGAAAUGAAAGAUUAUUACCGGCCAGUGUCACUAGAUGGCGUUGGUAAUGUUAAAGCUGGUUACACGGAUUAUUAAUAACAUUUACCGAUUGCAGAUUAAUUUUCAAACGAUAAUUUAAACGGAUUGACAAUAGAUAUCUAUACGAAACAAAGCUGUUUUAUGCGUUGUAUUUUUAAGCGAUGUUGGAUACUCAAUUAAGUAUAUUUAAUCUGUUAAGAAUAUAUAUUAAAAAGUAAAGUGUUAUUUUUAAUUUACUUGAUUUUUUUUGUAGUUUUAUAAAAGUAAAACUAAAUUCAUUUUAGAAUGAUUUCAAUUUGAUAAGACAAAUGAUUGCAUUGUUUUAGAGAAAUUAUUAUUAAGCAUUUAGUUUGUGUACCAAAUAUUACUUAUUUUUGUUUAUUAUUAUAGUUUAUUAAUAAUUUUAUCAUAAUCAGUUUUUUUUAAAUUAACGUUAAAAAUUAAAGUCUUUUGACUAGUCAUAUUUUAUUGUGUAAUUAAAUAACACGCAAAUAAAAUGUUUCGUUAGGAACGUCAUAUUGCUUAUGUUUUUUAAUCUGUAUGUAUUGAUAUUGAGUAAUUUUAAUCUUUGAUGUUUACCAUGAGGUCGCUCUUUCUAUACUGUCGAAUAAAGGUAAAAACUCGUUUUUAAACAUUUAAAUAUUAUCGUUAAAAGCAGGCAACAGCAAAAUAUAUAAUAAUUAAUUUAUUGUUUAAUUCAAAUAAUUCUUUGAUUCAUCUUAGAUAUUUUGAUUAAAUGGUAAGUUAAUUAUUUAUCUGUAUAAAAAAUAUUUAUUUUAUGUGUCUGUGGUAUUUUUGUUAAGCACUAUAUUUAAAAUAAAUCAAAUAAGGAUGUA